UCUAAAGAACAUCCGGAUGAGCGAAUGUCGCUGUCAUUUUCCGUCUUUUUCAGCUGUAGAUCUGGAGCUCCGCCUCCUCCCCUUCCUUCAUACCUCGGAACUGUUUGCAGGCGAAGUUCUCCGCUCUCCGGGGGUCUUCUGGGUCGCUUGAAGGGCUUCAGGACCGGGAAACAAGUCACCUGACACGCCACAAUGGCGGCUCUGCUCCUCCGGUCGCUUUUAAACAAAAAGACUCCCGUCCAGCUGGGUCGCAUGUGUUACUCCUCCUCUUCCUCAGUGCCCACCACCAAGCUUUUCAUCGACGGCAAGUUUGUCGAGUCCAACUCAUCGGAAUGGCUGGACGUUCACAACCCGGCCACUAACCAAGUGGUGGGACGCGUUCCCAAAGCCACUCAGGAGGAGAUGCUGGCGGCCGUGGAUUCCUGCUCCAGGAGCUUCCAGUCCUGGUCUGAGACCUCCAUCCUCACCCGGCAGCAGGUCUUCUUACGCUACCAGCAGCUCAUCAAGGAUAACAUCAAGGAACUGUCGAAAAUAAUCACCCUGGAGCAGGGCAAAACGCUGGCCGAUGCAGAGGGAGAUGUUUUCCGGGGACUGCAGGUGGUGGAGCAUGCGUGCAGCAUCACGUCCCUCAUGCUGGGUGAAACCUUACCCUCCAUCACCAAGGACAUGGACACCUACACGUACCGCAUGCCCAUCGGCGUUUGCGCCGGCAUCGCCCCCUUCAACUUUCCCGCCAUGAUCCCUCUGUGGAUGUUUCCAAUCGGGAUGGUGUGUGGCAACACCUACCUGAUGAAGCCGUCAGAGCGCGUCCCAGGGUGCACCAUGCUUCUGGCCAAGCUGCUGCAGGACGCCGGGGCACCAGAUGGCACGCUCAACAUCAUCCACGGACAGCAUGCAGCCGUGAACUUCAUCUGCGACCAUCCCGCCAUCAAAGCCAUCAGCUUUGUGGGAUCCAACCAGGCAGGAGAGUACAUCUACGAGCGCGGAUCCAAGAACGGGAAGCGAGUCCAGUCCAACAUGGGAGCCAAGAACCACGGUGUCGUGAUGCCCGAUGCUAACAAAGAGAACACCAUCAACCAGCUGGUGGGGGCCGCCUUUGGAGCGGCCGGUCAGCGCUGCAUGGCUCUCUCCACCGCCAUUUUCGUUGGGGAGAGUCGCGAUUGGCUUCCGGAGCUGGUGGAGCGUUCCAAAUUGCUGCACGUUAAUGCGGGGGAUCAGCCGGGGGCAGAUGUGGGUCCCCUCAUCUCUCCCGAGGCCAAAGCCCGGGUGGAACAUCUGAUUCAGAGUGGCGUCGACGAAGGCGCCAAGCUGUUGCUGGACGGGAGAAACGUCCGCGUGAAAGGAUACGAGAACGGGAACUUCGUGGGACCCACCGUCUUGACCAACGUCUCGCCGGAGAUGACGUGCUACAAGGAGGAGAUCUUCGGGCCGGUGCUGAUCGUCCUGGAGGUCGACACGCUGGAUGAAGCGAUCGCCUUGAUCAACAGAAACCCCUACGGCAAUGGCACCGCCAUCUUCACCACCAACGGAGCCACGGCGCGCAAAUACACCCACGGGGUGGAUGUUGGGCAGAUUGGUGUGAACGUCCCCAUCCCGGUUCCUCUCCCCAUGUUUUCCUUCACCGGUUCCAGAGGCUCGUUCAGAGGAGACACCAACUUCUACGGCAAACAGGGCAUCCAGUUCUACACUCAGAUCAAGACCGUAACCUCGCAGUGGAAGGCCGAGGACGCCACAGUGAGCAGCCCAGCCGUUACCAUGCCAACCAUGGGACGCUAAGCUAAAAAUGACUUCUUAUGUAAGCCUUAAAAAGAAAAAAAAAAGCCUGAAGAGGGAGAAUGGAUGUACGUAGGAGACUGUUUGAAUCUUUCGUAGUAGCAGAAACAUGGAAGGAUGUGGUUGAGUCUUCCAUGGAGAACUUGUUUUUCUGUCUUGAUCUAAACCGACCGGGACGACACGGGGAGUCGUCGAUGUGUUUUAUCCCGUUUUUCACUUCAUCGUGGAAGCAGAACGUCUUCCACAAGCUUCUACUGAGGUUCAGGAAUCUUCAUCAGAUUGUUCUGCUGAAGGAUGGGAUGUCAUCUGCUUUUGUUUAAAGGAGGAAAGAAACAUGGGAAGGUUGAAGCCUCAGCGAGACGGUCUGCUGGGUCCUGGAGAAGGGUUUACCUUUCUCCAUGUGUCUGAGGCCUGCUCCACCUUUUGGUUAGGGAAUUAUCUUCCAAGAAGUCGUUAGGGUCCUCAAGUGUUCCUGUCGAAGGGUUUUAGGUGGUGUUUUCUCCAAUACAUUGAACAAUCUCCAGAAAAGACGGUUCUUUUUUCCCAUGGUGGUAAGAUCUCUGGAAAGGUUCCCCUUCCGCUCUGAGGGGUGGGGAAUCAGAGCUCCUUCCUGUGAGACGAUGCUGUGAGGAUUCUUCAGCUGCUCGCCGUUUAAUAAAGAUCACAAAUUGAGUGAACUGAACUGUGA